UGAUGUUAAAACGUGAAUAAGGUGGUGAGGUUGUGAAAACAGUGAAUAGUUAACGGCAAAGAUUGGUGUAUCUUUACAAGAUGGUGCUGGAAAGUACAAUGAUAUGUGUCGACAACAGCGACUACAUGAGAAAUGGAGAUUUUUUGCCAACUCGUUUACAAGCUCAACAAGAUGCAGUUAAUUUAGUAUGUCAUUCUAAGACCCGUUCAAAUCCUGAAAAUAAUGUUGGUCUUAUAACACUUGCCGAAUCUUCGUCUAGCGUUCAAGUUUUAGCAACUCUUACGAGCGAUGUUGGAAGAAUACUUUCUAAGCUUCAUCAAGUUCAACCAAAUGGACACUUAUGUUUAGUCACAGGAAUUAGAAUUGCACAUUUAGCGUUAAAGCAUCGACAGGGUAAGAAUCACAAGAUGCGAAUAGUAGCAUUUGUUGGAAGUCCAGUGGAUAUAGAUGAAAGAGAAUUGAUCAAGCUAGCAAAGCGACUUAAAAAAGAAAAGGUCAAUGUAGAUAUAAUAAGUUUUGGGGAAGAAAGCAUUAAUAACGAAAUUUUAACAGCUUUUAUCAAUGCGUUAAAUGGUAAAGAUGGGACUGGUAGCCACCUUGUCACUGUACCACCUGGCCCACAUUUAUCGGAUGCUUUGAUCUCUUCUCCUAUUAUUCAAGGAGAAGAUGGAAUGGGUGGGGCAGGAAUGAGUGGCGCUGCAUUUGAAUUUGGUGUUGAUCCUAAUGAAGAUCCUGAACUGGCAUUGGCAUUACGUGUUUCCAUGGAGGAACAACGUCAAAGACAAGAAGACGAAGCACGUAGAGCGCAAGUUACUGAAGAUGUUCAGAACAAGCAACCUGAAACUAUUAAGGAAGUAACUAAUGAAGAAGCAAUGCUAAAACGAGCAUUGGCAAUGUCACUCGAAGGAGCUGAAGAAACAACGUCGUCUACUGCUGAUAAUACUGCUCCAACUACUGCUAAUAUACCUGAUUUUGCUAAUAUGUCAGAAGAAGAACAAAUUGCUUUUGCAAUGCAGAUGUCAAUGCAAGAUCAACAAGAUCUCGAAACGCAGAAAGAAGAAGCAAUGGAAGUAGAAGAAGAUUAUAGUGCUGUUAUGUCAGAUGCUGCAUUUUUACAAUCGGUUUUAGAAAAUUUACCUGGUGUUGAUCCACAGUCGGAAACUGUUCUACAAGCAGUUGGUUCCCUACAACAAAAUAAGGACAAAGAUAAAGAUAAAGAUAAAGAUAAUGCUAAAGAAAAAGAAAAAGACAAGAAGUAAAGGGAGCAUUUUAGAAAUACAUACAUAUAUAUAUAUAUAUAUUUGUACUAGAUAUUAUUUCUACUUUCCAUUUGGGUGUUACAAUUUUAUGCUUCUUCACAUUUAUGCAAAUUACGUUUAUCACAAGUGCGUGUAUAUAACCAUGAAAACGAAUACUAACGUAUUGAUUGUAUAAUUAAAAAUGAUAUGAUUACAAAAAGAACAAAAAAAAUAAUAAUUAUACAUUCGUAUGUAUUUUUAAUUUUAUUCAAAGUAAAUCUCAUGUGUUAUCAAUGCAA